UCUCCUUUGAAGGGAAUAAAUAAUACUUUCAGUGACAGAUAGAUGAAGUUAUAAGUGACAGUGCCACAGUGGCAUUUAUUUCAACAACAGUUCCUUUCUUUGUCUUCAUUUCUUCCAAACUCCCAACUUUACCAAAAACGGAUUAAUUUUGAUGGCAAAAGCAAUCCCUUUGUGUAACAAAUGGUAUGGACAUGGACAACACUUCUGGACCACACAUUCCUUGCAAAAUUUCAACCACCGGAAAAAAAUGGACAUCAAGGUUAAAGCAACGACUUCUUCGGAUUCAAAUGUAAAGAAAGCAAAUAUGUUUGCUACCAAAAAGGAAAGAAUUAAAUUGCCAACAUAUGAUGAUGUUAUUGGAGGCAAGAAAUUCCACAUCAGUGAAUUUUUAAACCAGCCUAGUGGAAUUGCAGCUGUUUUGAACACAAAGGCCUUACAAUCAUUUCAAUCUCUUGAUGCUAACACAUACAGGUGCGAACUUCCUAAACUUCGACUUUUGAACUUUGAAGCUGCUCCUUUUAUAGAUCUGCGGGUUACCUCAACUGAAGAAGAUUGCUUGGUUGAAAUGAUUUCUUGUAAGUUUGAGGGUUCACAAGUUGUAGAAGAGCAAAACGACCACUUUUCAGCAUUCAUGAAAAACCACAUGACAUGGAAUGAUGAUGAUACUGAAUCAUUUUUGGAAGUUGAUGUCAAUUUGAAUCUCACACUCGAGAUCUACACACGCCCAUUUACUAUGAUGCCUAUUUCAGCUGUUGAGGGUCCUGGAAACAUAAUGAUGCAAGCUUUGGUGGACAAGCUUGUACCAUUGCUACUUCAGCAAAUGUUACAAGAUUAUGAUGAAUGGGUUCAAAAGCAAUUGUAUUCUGUAAAUCAGUCUUCUAGUUAGGGAAUAUUUGUUUUAGCUUAUUUUUAUAGUAGAGGCAACAGAAGAAGGGAUAAUCUUUUCAUGUUUAUGAAAAAGAGAGAAAAAUGAAUAGUAAGUAUUUGGUUUCUAAGAAGUCUGUAUUAAGACCAUCCAUGUAAUGUAACAUUACUCUUUUUCAAUUUUUUUUCUUUCUUUUUUGUGGUCA